AUGGCCUUCUGUGCAUGCUGCUGCAGCUGUGGUCCCAAGAUGCUAGCUCUCCAGCUGCUGUUUCUUUCCUGCCUGGUGUGGGGAAUGGGGGCCAGGACAGCGCAGUUACGGAAGGCCAAUGAUCGGAGUGGCCGAUGCCAGUACACCUUCACUGUGGCUAGCCCCAUUGAAUCCAGCUGCCCCAGGGAGGACCAGGCCAUGUCAGCCAUCCAAGACCUUCAGAGAGACAGCGGCAUCCAACAUGCAGACCUAGAGUCCACCAAAGCCCGGCUCAGCUCCCUGGAGAGUCUCCUCCACCAGCUGAACUUGGGUCAGCCUGCUGGGACCCAGGAGGUCCGGGAGGGGCUACAGGGGCAGCUGAGUGCCCUGAGGAAGGAACGGGACCAGCUACAGACCCAAACCAGGGAUCUGGAGGUGGCCUAUAACAAUCUCCUACGAGACAAGUCAGCUCUAGAAGAAGAGAAGAGGCAACUGGAACGAGAGAAUGAAGAUCUGGCCAGGAGGCUGGAAGGCAGCAGCCAGGAGGUAGAAAGGCUGAGGAGGGGCCAAUGUCCCUCAACCCGACCCUCCUCUCAGGAUAUGCUGCCAGGCUCCAGGGAAGUCUCUCAGUGGAAUUUGGACACGUUGGCCUUCCAGGAACUGAAGUCAGAGUUAACUGAGGUCCCUGCUUCUCAAAUAUUGGAGAAUCCACCUGGCCAGCCCAGGAACAAAGAGGGAGAUAAUGGAUGUGGAGCACUAGUUUGGGUAGGAGAGCCAGUCACUCUGAGGACUGCUGAAACAAUCACUGGGAAGUAUGGAGUAUGGAUGAGAGACCCCAAGCCAACCAACCCUUACACCCAGGAGACCACCUGGAGGAUUGACACAGUUGGCACAGGCAUCCGCCAGGUGUUUGAGUACAGUCUGAUAAGCCAGUUCGAGCAGGGCUACCCUUCAAAGGUUCACGUGCUCCCCCGGGCAUUGGAAAGCACGGGUGCUGUGGUGUAUGCUGGGAGCCUCUAUUUCCAGGGGGCUGAGUCCAGAACUGUGCUAAGGUAUGAGCUGAACACCGAGUCUGUGAAGGCUGAGAAGGAAAUUCCUGGAGCUGGCUACCAUGGACAGUUCCCAUAUGCUUGGGGAGGCUAUACAGACAUCGACUUAGCUGUGGAUGAAAGCGGCCUCUGGGUCAUCUACAGCACAGAGGAAGCCAAAGGAGCCAUAGUCCUCUCCAAAUUGAACCCAGAGACUCUGGAACUUGAGCGUACCUGGGAGACUAACAUCCGGAAGCAGUCCGUGGCCAAUGCCUUUGUUAUCUGUGGCACCUUGUACACAGUCAGCAGCUACUCCUCAACCCAUGCGACUGUCAACUUUGCCUACGACACUGGCACCAGAAUCAGCAAGACCCUGACCAUUCCAUUCAAGAAUCGCUACAAGUACAGCAGCAUGAUCGACUACAACCCCCUGGAGAGGAAGCUCUUUGCCUGGGACAACUUCAACAUGGUCACCUACGAUAUCAAGCUCUCUGAGGUGUGAGGGCCCCAUAUUUUUACCUGCAAAGGCAGAAGAAGGUGAAAGUUGGGGCUCCUGA